AUGUACUGGGUAGAAUCUUUAACACCAGCUAGUGGUAGUAAUGCAGAAAAUGUUUCAAACUUGAGUAAAUCAGCAGAAAUUUAUUUCUGGCCAGGCAGCUAUGAUAGAACUCUAAAGAACUAUUUUAGAUUAACAAGUAGAGAUCACUGA